CCAAUCCAGGAUCCUCUGCUGAUAUCUUCUAUAUAAGAGAAUUCUCCUGGAUGACCUGUCAACCAUGGAGAGAGACAGGAACAAGAUGGCCGACAGGAUCAUAAACCUCACCCUACAGAUACUCUUCCGACUUACUGGAGAGGAUUACACAGUAGUGAAGAAGUCCUCUAGUGGGCGCUGUCGGGCCCCUGUGUGUGAAGGAUGGGGAAGAACCCUGAGCCCAAUCCCGGGGCCCCCACCUCACUCCCUGAUACAUGAGGAAAUGGAUGAACAGAAGAUCCUAGAACUCAUCAACAAGAUGAUGGAGCUGCUGACUGGAGAGGUUCCUAUAAGGUGUCAGGACGUGGCGGUCUAUUUCUCCAUGGAGGAGUGGGAGUAUGUAGAAGGACACAAGGAUCAGUACAAGGAUCAGGUCAUGAUGGAGGAUCAGCAGCCCCUCACAUCACCAGUCAGAUCCAGUAAGAGAACAGCACCAGAGAGGUGUCCCCGUCCUCUUCUUCCACAGGAUGAUCAGAGUGAAGAUCCGAACAAUAUUAUUGCUCCAGAGACAGAUGUGAGCGAUGAUGAUCAGUAUAAGGAGGACACUCCUACAGGGAAAGAUCUGAUCUAUAGUAAUACUACAGACUUAAGAGAAGAAGAAGGGACAGAUGUGAGCAGUGAUGAGCAGUAUAAGGAGGACAUUCCUACAGAUUCUUGUACCAGGAGAUCAGAGGAGAAUCUUAUAUCUUCAGAUUAUAAAGCAGAUGAUGAUAUCACACAAGAUACAUAUGAAGAACAUUCCAUUAUCCCAGAUACACCCUCAGCCCUUCACAGCCAAGAUCUGUCAUCUCAUCCUUAUAUACAGGUCCUGUCUUCUCAGUCAUCACAGGAUGUUCAGCAAAAAAAAGGUCACAGAAGGGGUGUUGGACAUCAACGAGCUCAUACAGGAAAGAAACCAUAUUCAUGCUCAGAAUGUGGGAAAUGUUUUCCUUAUAAAUCACGUCUUGUUGUACAUCAAAGAACUCACACAGGAGAGAAGCCAUUUUCAUGUUUAGUAUGUGGGAAAUGUUUUACUCAGAAAUCAGAACUUGUUGUACAUCAAAGAACUCACACAGGGGAUAAGCCAUAUUCAUGUUCAGAAUGUGGGAAAUUUUUUAAUUUUAAAUCAGAUCUUGUUGUACAUCAAAGAACUCACACAGGAGAGAAGCCAAUUUCAUGCUCAGAAUGUGGGAAAUGUUUUUCUCGGAAAUCACAUCUUAUUCAACAUCAAAGAACUCACACAGAAGAGAAACCAUUUUCAUGCUCAGAAUGUGGGAAAUGUUUUACUCAGAAAUCACAUCUUAUUCAACAUCAAAGAACUCACACAGAAGAGAAGCCAUUUUCAUGCUCCGAAUGUAGGAAAUGUUUUACUCGGAAAUCACAUCUUAUUCAACAUCAAAGAACUCACACAGGAGAGAAGCCAUUUUCAUGUUCAGAAUGUGGGAAAUGUUUUCCUGCAAAAUCAAAUCUUGUUCAACAUCAAAGAGCUCACACAGGAGACAAGCCAUUUUCAUGUUCAGAAUGUGUGAAAUGUUUUACUCAGCAAUCACACCUUAUUCAACAUCAAAGAACUCACACAGAAGAGAAGCCAUUUUCAUGCUUAGAAUGUGAGAAAUGUUUUACUCAGCAAUCACAUCUUGUUCAACAUCAAAGAACUCACACAGAAGAGAAGCCAUUUUCAUGCUUAGAAUGUGGGAAAUCUUUUACUCAGCGAUCACAUUUUAUUCAACAUCAAAGAACUCACACUGGAGAGAAGCCAUUCUCAUGUGCAGAGUGUGGAAAAUGUUUUGCUAAGAAAUCCAUUCUUGGUGAACAUAAACGAACUCACACAGGGGAGAAGCCAUUUCCAUGUGCAGAAUGUGGGAAAUGUUUUACUCAGAAAUCAAGUCUUGUUAGACAUAAAAUAACUCACACAUGAGAGAAGUCAAUUCAGAGCAGUAAAUGAUGCAGAUAACACAUCUAUAUAUUCACCAUGUACAUAGGAUAUCUGACAUUUAUACAUAUAUCAUAUACUGCAUCUCCAAACUUGUCACCAAUUGUCAAUAAACGUUUUCUUUCUUUAUAUUAUUUAUUAUUCUUAUAUUCAUCUCCGCACACUGGACUUAUAAUAAAUGUAAUAUUGUCCCUGACGUUGUAUAUAGGGAAUGUAACGCGUCAGUGUU